AUGGGAGCUAUGAGCUUUGUGACGGUUGGGCUGCUUUUGCUGCUGGCCGUUCGUAGUGUUCCUAUAUGGGGCCAGAAGCCAUUAGAAGGGGCUAUGAUAGCCCCAGUGAUGAGAUCUGCCAUGUGGGCAUACCUAGGGAAUGCUGCGUACGCCGAUCAACUUUGGCAAGCCGUCAACCAUGACUACUUCACCAGAUUAAAUUGUGGCGGACUCAGAACGACUGACUCAGAUUACGAACAAAAGUGUAGUCCCUGUGGCGAUGCCGCUAACUCUAACAGGCCAAAUGAACACGGUGGAAAAUACUCCAUCGGCAAAGUGGUAGCAAGGUAUCGCGAGAGCCAAUAUGUCAACGUCUCUGUGGACAUCAGAAGUUUAAAUCCAGGAGGCACAUUCCAAUUCUCACUGUGUGUAACGGAUAAAACCACGAAAGUGUCUCAUUCCUGUUUUCAACAACACAUAUUGCGCUGGCAAAAUACACAAAUCACACAGAUACCUGCACCUCAACAGCAAGGUCUGGCGACAUACACCCUGAAGCUGCCCACGGGAGUCAUUUGUGAGAACUGUGUUGUACAAUGGCUGUGGAGAGAUGGAUCCUCCACAUGCGACCCACCUGGUAGUAGCAACUGUGGCCAACAAACCGUAACCAAUUGUGCUGACGUGCAGAUCUUCAGUGCGGGGGUUCCUUUUCCAGAUGGCUUUGAUCAUCCAAGGUAUGAUGCUUAUUCAAGUAUUUUCGAUCCCAUGGACACGGAUGACCAUGGUAUUGGUAUACACGUACCAAGAUCCUCCCUUGAUCUCGCGAUAACACUGAGACCAAGUGCAACAACCCCAUCUUCAAUACCGUCGCUAGGGGGAUCGAUUCCCGGAAUUUCACUGGUAGGUGGAUCCAUUCCCAUUGUAAAUCCAGGUGGUAAUUCUUUUCCAGGCACAUCGCCUGAUAGUUCUAUCCCUGUGAUAACAGUGAUACCAGAUGGAACAACCUCGGCUAAUUCUUCAACCAGUGAUGAUAGCGGUGAACCUCCAGAAACUUCGGAAAAGCUCGUGGAACCAGUUGGGGUGGUGUUGCCUGCUGUAGUAGGAACAUCUAAUGUACUCGCAGGAAAUAACGGUAUCGGCAUAGCGUUGCUUCUAUUCGCCUUGUACAUGUAUCUAUCACAACAACAGCUGACACAAGGGGAUGCGGUAUUCGGACCAUCAGCGCCACCUGGUAUUUUCUCCACGCCUUUGACAUAUCAAAAUUACAUGAGCCCAACCACGUCGAUCCCACAGUCAAUAGUACCUAAUGCACCAGUUUUCAAUAGCGGUGGAUUGCCAAAUACACAAGUUUUGAACGGGGGAACUUUCUCGUUCCCGCAGUCAUUUGCAGCUAACACACCAAUUCAAAAUAUCGGUGUUUUGUCCAACACACAGGUUUUAAAUAGUGGUACUAUUCAGGGUCAACCUGGAUUUGGAGGCCUGCCUUUUCCUUUCUCACAAAAUAGUUUUUUCCUACCGGGAUCCUUAAACACAGCGAUUACUCCGUUGCCACAGUCUGGAGUUGGUGGUCCCAGUAUGGAUGUAUUUCAACAGCCGUUCUCAAAUACAAACACUGGUUUCACGUCCCUCCAAACGCCAUUCGUUGAUGGACGUGUUCCAACAUUCAAUCAACAACCAUUUUGGGGCAACAGUUUGUUUGCGACACCAAAUAUCCCUGUAACUACCAAUGGGUUCAACAUGGCUUCUCAACAAAUACUACAAAACAACAAUGCAUUCGCGACGAUCCCAACACAGCGGUCCUUUGUCAACGGAAUCUCACAAUCGGGGGGAGCAUUCCUGACACAGACGUCCCUCCAAACGCCAUUUCAAAGUAGCCAAGAUGUUGUUUUUCCUCAAUUUGAUCAGGAACCAUCCACAAUACGACGGAAAGAAAGAAUGUAUAAUGGUAGCGACGAACUGGAGAGCUGUGAAUGUCAUGCGCGCAUUUACCUACUGACAGUGUAUUGUCACAAGCUGUCAACGGAGAAAUGCCGAAAAUAUGACGCAUGCUUCUGUAAACAAGAGAGACGACUUGUUCCAGCAACGAUUAAGCAAGGACAGCGCACGCGCUCGUCCUUCAAUACAAAUCAAGAACAGAAAAUGACGUCAUCAGCACGUGGGAGUAACUUCCAGCGCCGUUUUCGUGCUUUCCCAUCUAAUAAACAAAACCAAUAG